GGCGGCUCUGCAACUCGCGGCUGCUUAUAGCGGCGCGGCUGACCGGAUCUUUUCCAUGAACCGGGUCUCUCCUCGCAGUCGAAUUGCCAAGGAAAACUCGGGGGCUCCUGGAAGCCUGAAGAAAGGCACGAUGUUUCACACUCAUCUGGAUCAGAACAGCUCUAAGCCUGUUCCUGUGGUGGUCAUAGGAAACGGUCCCUCGGGCAUCUGCUUAUCGUACCUACUCUCUGGCUACAUCCCUUAUGUCCGAAGGGGCUCUGUUCAUCCCAACCCCAUUUUGCAAAGGAAACUGGAAGAAACACCUGAUGUCUCCAUCUUGGACCAGGAUAUCGAGUACCUGUCUGAAGGUUUGGAAGGGAGAUCAUCCAGUCCUGUUGCUCUGCUCUUUGAUACUCUGCUACGCCCAGAUACUGACUUUGGUGGGACAGCGGAGUCUGUUCUCACGUGGUGGCACCAGCCCGACAGAGCUGUUCCGCAUCUGGUUCUUGGCCAGAACCUUCCUGGAGGAGCUUGGCAUUCGAUUGAGGGGUCUAUGUUUACCCUAAGCCGGGGGGACUGGAUGGAGCUUCCUGACCUUCAGUUCAAAGACUGGAUGAGUAAAAGGAAAAGAGGGUUCAGAAACAACAGAGCAACAGCUGGCGACAUCGUUCGGUAUUACCAGUACUACGUGGCCAACAAAGGAUUAAAGAAUAAUUUUCUCUGUGGAACUGUGGUGACCUCCGUGAAAAGUCUUUGCACUGACUACAGCAAUGAAGGUCCAAGGGACGGUGACUCUAGAUGGGAUCUUUCUGAGAAGCCGCAGGACAGCAGCAGAGAGUUCAGAAGUCUCUUCCAAGUUGACGGGUUUGUCACUACUAUUAAUGGCACACGGCCGUUCUCUCUAUACGCUGAAAAUGUGGUUUUAGCCACAGGGACAUAUGACAGUCCAUCCUGGCUUGGGGUCCAAGGAGAGAACCUUCCAUUCGUCCAUCACAAGCUCUCUGCCCUGGAAGACGCUGUGAGAAACAAGGAAAUCGGCAUGAUGUCCGAUCCGAUUCUGAUUGUAGGUGCCGGGCUAACGGCAGCGGAUGCAGUCCUCUUCGCUCGCCACUGCAGCAUUCCAGUGAUUCAUGCCUUCCGGCGGGGCGUCAACGAUCCAGCUCUGAUCUUCAACCAGCUUCCAAAAACUAUGUAUCCCGAGUACCACAAAGUCCACCAGAUGAUGAAAGAACAGGUGGCUUCUAGCCCAGGGCUGUACGAGAGUUACGUCAGCCUUCCCGAGCACCAUAUAGUGUCCUUUGCGGAGGAUGGGAAGUGCAUCUUCCAGGAAAAGAGCGGCCGCCAGAAAGUGUAUAAUGUUUCUAUGGCUUUCGUUCUCAUUGGCUCCAAUCCCAAUUUAUCCUACCUGCCAAAUAAUGGCGUGGACUUGGCAGUAGACUAUGAACAGUCGGUCAGUUCCAAGAGGAACCCAAUCGAUGUAGAUCCCUUCACUUACGAAUCGGUUCACGAGAAGGGGCUCUAUGCCAUGGGACCGCUUGCUGGUGAUAAUUUUGUGCGCUUUGUACAAGGGGGUGCUCUGGCUAUUGCCAGCUCCUUGCUGAAGAAUGCCAACAAGAAUCCUCCAUAACACUGAAGAGACCCCCAUAUUCUCAAAGGCAGGCCAGUGUGUUCUCCGGAAAAGCAAGGGCAUUGGAUAGGUAGAAGCCAUUUCAGCUAGGAAGUCUCGCCACUGUAGCACACUCUGGGGAUGCCCCAGAGGGUGUGUCACUGACUCAAGAUGGUUAAAUCAAUAAGUUGGUGUGAGUUCUGCUGAACUUUCCUCCCUGUGUGCAAAAAUUUGAAGUUGGUGCUAUGUAGAGCAUGGCGCACAGGACGGGAGACUGCCUGCUCUGUGUGGAAAGGGUGCAAGGUAGCAAUUCUCCACUAACCGGCAGGCUUUGAAAUAAAGUGAGUGGCGCACUUUGAACCAAUGGAGUGAAAUCUGUAACAGACGUUUCCUCUAAGUGUGCGGAUCCCAAAGUCAAGCGUUGCCACCGCAGUUGUGUUCUGAAUUGCUACAGAAUCAAAACACUGCCCGGGGAGAAAUGGUGUGGAACCAAAUUAAGCACAGGGUUGCUUCUGCUUUUCGUCUCUAAGGAACUUUUUUGAGUUACAGGGAAUGGGAAGCAGCAGCAGGGUAGGAAUGGGUGCCUGGUUGGCCUGGUUGAAUGUAUUUAUGCACAAAUGGAAAGGUGGAGGUUGCUUUGAAGCCAAAGGUUCUAAUGGCAACAAACAUGUUCUUGUAUCCUUAAGAUGCAUCUGUUGGGCUAAUCUGUUGCUUAGAACUGAAGAUGGUUCGGCCCUAUGGAGCCAGCCCAUUUGGCUUUUGAUUUUUGCAGAUUUGCAAUUUAAAUAACCUCUAUAUAAAGAUGCAAUAGCAGGAAUCUCAGGAAUUUUUUUUUUCAAGCAGUGCAGAUUUUAAAGCUGUAUAAUAAAGUUCCCUUUACACAAUGUAAUUUGUUACUGUGCUUAUCCCCCUUGCCAUUCAUAUCUUUCUGAAUAGCUUCUGUCUAAUUACUUUUUUUGAUUAAAAGAAUCACCGUGUCCUGUGGGUUUGUGUUUCUUUGAUCCCAGUGUAUUCCAUAUGGACCAAUAUCCAGAUUAUUCGUGAUCAAGGUCACUGUUUGCAGGCACUCUGUGUGCCAGUUGCGACAAUGCUUUCAACCUGCGAAGCUGUUUGUAGCUUCUGUACUGACGCACUCGAGCAAUGCAAAAAUGCAUGGAGGGUUUGCAGACGUUUUAUCAGCCAAGAUUGAAAACCUGAGCAGUUGUGUUUGUUGUCCCAUGAGCGCGCUGAAAAACUUACACUACUUGAAUGCACUUCUUACACUACUUGAAUACAUUUCUACCCGAAGUCAAAUAUCAAUGUAUUUUGCAAUGUCCUACAAAUAAAACAAAAAAGUUUACUCGU